AUGGUUCUUAGCUCCUUCCCACCGCUGCCAGGGCUGCGGGUGCUCAGCCUGCCCCACAACCAUCUGGGGCUCAUCCACAGCCAGGCGCUCAUGGGGCUUGGGGCACUGCAGGAGCUGGAUCUCAGCGACAACUACUUGACUGUGCUGACCACCGAAACCUUCCUACCCCUCACCAGCCUCACCAAGCUGAACCUGGGUGGAAACAGGCUGAGGCAGCUGGAGCCUGGGGUGCUGCGAGCACUACCCCAGCUCGAAGCCCUCUUCCUGCAGGACAACCCCUGGGGGUGCAGCUGCAGCAUCCUGCCCCUCUGGCGCUGGCUCAGCCACAACAGGGACAAAGUGCAAGAGAAGAGCUUGCUCCUCUGCAGAGUCCCGGAGCAGCUGAACAAGUAUCCGAUCAUGGCCUUUGCGAAUGAGUCCUUCAGGCAAUGCCAGGAGACCUCGCUGUCUGCCCAGCACUACAUCACCUUCAUGAUCAUUGGACCAUUCUCUUUCAUGGCCAGCAUCUUUUUCUGCACCUUCACAGGCUCUGUUGUGGUGGUUUACCACAACCUGCACAAGGAACCCCAUGUCUCAAGGAGAUCUUGCAUUUGA